GUUUACAUCGGAAGCCAUUUUGGAUUUCAGUAAAGACAAUGAAACUCCUAUACAUUUUUUUGUGGUUUUCAUUAAAUUUCCUUGAGGUUGGGUCAACAUAUCUGGAGGGUAGCGUCAGUUUUCGGGACAAUAAAAUAUUUUCCGAUAGUAUUAGAAAAUCUGAUUCCUGUGCUUUUGGCUCUUAUAACAAUACUAUUUUAACAAAUGGGUGGGGUACCUUGGAAAUUAAAGCUGGUUAUUCUAAAGAGCCAUGCUCGGAUAAACAAUUAAUGUUUGCAGCCGGAUACCUGGAAGGAAUUUUGACAGCAAAGAGUAUGGCUGAUGCGUACAGGAAUGUUUGGCCAUAUUUUUUCAAAGGUUUUCCGGAAGUGGAGAAAAAAACUAAAGAGUUUUUAAAUAAACAAGAAAAAUGGAUUAGAAAACAAAUUUCUGUUGCUUCCGGAUUUGAUGAAUAUUGGCGUCAUGUCCAAAAUAUAUUUGCACAAUAUGACGGUCUUCAGGCAGGAUAUCAGAAAGUUGCUGAAACUGAUAAAUCAUUGCCAAAUGACUACUUUGUCGUCCAAAUGUUGAAUGCAGCUGGCGAUCUUAUAGAUAUUUCGCACGCUGUUGCACCAAAAACGCGUAUAGAUAUUAACAAGAUGAAAUAUGAAGAAUUUAUGGAAUAUGUAAAUGGAAGAGGAAUGUGCUCUGCUUUGAUUAAAUUACUACCUGGUUUUGAAAAUAUAUUCAUGUCUCAUUCAAGCUGGUUUACCUAUUCCAACAGUUACAGAAUUUAUAAGCAUUACGAUUUUAAUUUAUCGGGCAAAAACGUUGCUUCUAAAAGUCUUUCUUUUUCAAGUUAUCCAGGAUAUUUGGAAUCACUUGACGAUUUUUACAUAAUGCAGAAUGGAUUAGUUAUGCUACAGACAACAAAUAUGGUGUUUAAUACCACUAUUUAUGAUAAAGUAAGCGAGAAAAGUCUUUUGGCAUGGCACAGAGUUCGAUUGGCUAAUAUGUUGGCCCAUAAUGGACUUGAAUGGUCAAAAAUGUAUGCAAAAUAUAAUUCUGGGACAUAUAACAAUCAAUAUAUGGUCAUUGAUUUGAAUCGUAUAAAGUUAAAAACUGGUGUUGAAGAUGGUGCCCUAUAUGUUAUAGAACAAUUACCAGGAAUUGUUAAAUACGCUGAUCAAACUGAUAUCCUUAGAGCUGGCUAUUGGCCUUCGUAUAACGUACCGUUUUAUGAAGAUAUUUAUGAGAAAAGUGGAUACUCACUGGCUGUUAAAAAAUUUGGAAUUAAUUUUUCUUAUCAAUUAGCACCAAGAGCAAAAAUUUUCCGUCGUGAUCAAGGAUCUGUCAAAACUUUUGAUGAUAUGAAGAGAAUAAUGCGUUAUAAUAAUUACAAAGUAGAUGAAUACUCUGAUGGAAACCCCUGCAAUACUAUCUGUUGUCGAGGAGAUUUGAAUGCAAAAAAACCUGAAUCAAAAGGAUGCUAUGAUACGAAAAUUACGGACUAUUCCUCCGCACUCAGUCGACGUUCCAUUGCUAUUAGUGGUCCAACUUUAGGAACCAACUUGAAACCCUUUUCCUGGACUGGAAUAUUUGAAAAAGAGGCUCAUUUCGGUUUACCAACAACCUAUAAUUUCGAUUGGGUUGAGAUGAAACCAAAACUUACCGUCUAG